CCGAAAAAAUUACGACAUCGUCGGCCGGUAAAAGAUGAGCAAGAAUGGAGCUGAAAGGUCUGCACUUCAGCAGAAAUUCCAAUUUGGAGCACUUGUGCUGGUGUUUCUCUCUAUCUGUACUCUUUCCUUCUCAGAGAUCAUCUUCGAGGAGCGAUUCGAUGAUGGGUGGCAGAGCCGAUGGGUGAAGUCUGAUUGGAAAAAAAAUGAAGGAAAAGCUGGAUCAUUUAAACACACAGCUGGAUCAUGGUCUGGUGAUCCAGAUGAUAAAGGCAUUCAGACAUCAGUUGAUGCAAGACAUACUGCCAUCUCUGCAAAAAUCCCAGAAUUCAACAACAAAAAUAGAACACUGGUGUUACAAUACUCUAUAAAAUUUGAACAAGACAUUGAAUGUGGUGGUGGUUAUAUCAAGCUUAUGUCUGGAUAUGUUAACCAAAAGAAAUUCGGUGGUGACACUCCUUACAGUGUAAUGUUUGGACCAGAUUUAUGUGGCACACAGACAAAGAAGCUUCAUGUUAUUGUUUCCUACCAAGGGCAAAAUUAUCCAAUCAAGAAGGAUUUGCAAUGCGAAACAGACAAGUUAACACAUUUUUACACUUUUGUCCUUAGGCCUGAUGCAAGUUAUAGUAUUUUAAUAGAUGGUAGGGAGAGAGAUUCUGGAAGCAUGUAUACAGAUUGGGAUAUCCUUCCACCUCGUAAAAUCAAAGAUCUCAAGGCCAAAAAGCCUGUGGAUUGGGAAGAAAGGGAAUAUAUUGAGGAUCCUGAUCAAGUAAAGCCAGAGGGCUAUGAUUCAAUCCCAAGAGAAAUUCCUGAUCCUAAAGCUAAAAAGCCUGAUACUUGGGAUGAAGAUGAAGAUGGAAUAUGGAGAGCACCAAAGAUACCAAAUCCAGCAUACAAAGGGCCAUGGAAACCAAAGAAAAUUAAAAAUCCAAACUACAAAGGGAAAUGGAAGAUCCCUUAUAUCGAUAAUCCAGAAUUCGAAGAUGAUCCUGAUUUAUAUGUGCUGAAGCCAAUUAAAUAUGUGGGAAUUGAAGUUUGGCAGGUAAAAGCUGGAUCUGUAUUUGACAAUAUUUUAAUAUGUGAUGAUCCGGAGUAUGCAAAAGAAGUUGUCAAAGAAAUUUUCACCCAUAGAGAGAUCGAAAAAGAAGCAUUAGAGGAAGCUGAGAAAGCGAAAAAAGCAAGGGAAGAAGAGGAAGCAAAAAGAGCAAGAGAGGAAGGUGAAAAAAGGAAGAGAGAUCGAGAUUAUGGUAGAAGACACCGAGAUAAGGAGCGUUAUAGGGACAGAUACAGGGACAGAUAUGGAAAGCGUCGUGAUUAUGAUGAUUAUCAUGAUGAGCUAUGAGAUGUGGUGAUGCAUGGUCUUCAAAGUGUGGAUUAUUGCAAUUCUGAUUUUCAUCUUAUUAUAAUUAUUGUAACGCUUAAAUUGUUCACUUGUACCAUUUUAAUUCCACUUUUCUCAUCCCACUUGAUACUACCAUAAGCCUAUAUGAGCCAGAUAGAUUGCAGUUAUUUUUGUGUGGAAUGAUAUUGUUAAUGCAAAUUCCAUGAGUAGUUUUAAA